GGCAGCAGCAGCUGAAGCUCCGGUAGAAACAAACCCGAACAGACGUGACCAUGAACGACAGAAGUCCGGUUACACUGAAGAUAAUCCUCAUAGGAAGCUCCGGGGUGGGAAAAUCCUCCUUCAUGAACAGAUACGUGAAUCACCGGUUCACCAACAUGUACCGGGCCACGGUAGGGACCGACUUCCUCUCCAAAACGCUCCAGAUAGAUGAGGACACAGUCAACCUUCAGCUCUGGGACACUGCGGGCACGGAGAGGUUCCAGUCUCUGGGUACACCUCUGUACAGAGGAGCGCACUGCUGCAUGCUGGUGUUUGAUGUCACAUCCACGACUAGUUUCUCUGCCCUGGAGCAGUGGAGGAAGGAGUUCCUGAUCCAGGGCGAGCCUCAGGACCCGCAACACUUCCCCUUCAUCGUGCUGGGCAACAAGACUGACCUGAGCAACCGGGAGGUGUCUGUCAAUAAGGCCCUGUUGUGGUGUGAGGAGAUAAGAGCAGAGUACUUUGAGGGAAGCGCCAAAGAGGACCUGGAUGUGGAGAAGCCGUUCCUGAGAGCCGCUCAGAGCGGCUUACAACAGUACAAAAAACACACAUUGGAAAAUACAGGACAUUUCCAGAUAACCUGCGAACAGCCGAGAGAAACUCGCAACACCUGUGAGUGCUGAGAGCAGCACUCGUCCCAGCGUGGGAGGGAAAGUUCAGAGAGACCUCGGCACUGCUGAUGAUGACCUAUCUAACGAGGGUGCAAAAAUAGUGACCCAGCAAAGGUACUGUGGAAGGAAAGGACACAAUUGUAUACCACAUGGAGAGAGAGAGAGGAACAAACUCGUUAAAUGUUUUUUUUUUUUUUUUUUUGGGAGAACCUUCAGCUUAUGGUCUAACUUAAGGCAUCACUACUAAAAUACACUGCUUUUGCAUGCAUGUCUAGUUUUUGUUCAACAGACACACUGACACACACAAAAAUGAUGAAUGCAUAUGAAGAGAAAGUUAAUUCCUAGUAAGAAAAUUGGGAGAAACCCAACAAACGGGGGAAACCAAAGGUGCCAGCCGAAGAAAAAGGCGGCUGAGCGAAAACCUUGGCUCUUAAUCUUCCUGGCCGUUACCAUAACAAAGCGAAUCCGCCCGUACAAAGUAGAUAUACACUCACGUCCGGUCAGAAACCACCUCCCUGUACAACUUCUUAUACCGUAAUGAAGCUAGCAGUGAUUCAGACUCCUACAGUGAAUCAGCUGGACAGAAGCAAAUUAGAGCCAUCGGGGAGACUAUAUAUAUAUUUAUAUAUAUAUAUAUAUAUUUGUUUCUUUUAUAAGUAAAGACACAAAAGGCAAUCAAGAGAUGACCAACAUGUAAAAACAGUUUGUUACAGGUAAUUAUAUAAAAGGCCAAGAUGUUGUUUUUGUUUGUUUUAUUCUUGCUCUAUGAACGAACUAAUUUACAAGUGAGUACACUCCGGCUAUGUAAGCUUUCUUCCCCAAAACAUCCCCAUAGAAAGACAUACGGGUUAACACAUCACAGUAAGCUGCACACCAUCUGUAGUCUGAAAUACAGAGCCGUGGGAGGAAAACAAAAAUUAAAAUUUAUUAAAUUGGAUUCACAUACAUCAAUAGGAUAGGGGGAAAAUAUGUCGACGAAUAUAAUUUGCCAUUCUAAAAAAAUUAAAGAGGUGAGACGCCACAUUCAUGAGCAUAACAAGCGUAGGACAACUGAUCGGGAUAUUUGGGGGGGGGGGGGA